AUGUCGGAAGAAAACCGCCUCAAGGAUUUCCAGGAGGCUAACAAGAUUGUAUUUGACCCCAGCACGCGAUCUGUAUGGGAAUCUCAGGAAAAGAACUCAAACGGUAAUGUAUCAAAGACUGAAGAUGACGACGGUCAAAGUGCUACAACGUCUGGUAUUGUACCCACGCUACAGAAUAUUGUAGCUACAGUGAACUUGGACUGUCGACUGGACCUGAAAACAGUUGCAUUGCACGCAAGAAAUGCAGAGUACAACCCAAAACGGUUUGCAGCCGUGAUUAUGCGUAUUAGAGAACCCAAGACCACGGCGCUAAUAUUUGCGUCCGGUAAGAUGGUUGUCAUUGGUGCCAAAUCUGAAGACGACUCAAAACUGGCAAGCAGAAAGUACGCACGGAUUAUACAGAAAAUUGGAUUCAGUGCCAAAUUCACUGACUUUAAAAUUCAAAACAUCGUUGGAUCGUGUGAUGUGAAAUUUCCUAUACGUCUUGAAGGUCUCGCCUUCUCUCACGGUACUUUUUCUUCUUAUGAACCCGAACUCUUCCCCGGUCUUAUCUACAGAAUGGUUAAGCCCAAAAUUGUGCUGCUGAUUUUCGUCUCUGGGAAGAUUGUGCUCACCGGUGCGAAACAGAGAGAAGAGAUUUAUCAAGCGUUUGAGGCUAUCUACCCUGUGUUGAGUGAAUUCCGCAAAUUGUAG